AUGAUUUCCACCAUAUUUACAUCAAUCCGAGACGUUGAGCAGUCCACAACAAUUAUUAUCACAUCGUUCCCCAAGCCCUGGGAACUUUUUUUCAACAAUGCGAAGAAGCGGUACUACGCAAACGCGAAGAACAUUAUACAAGCUGGAUUCGAAAAGUCCAAAAAUGGGUUCUACGUUGUCACCGAGAAUGGGAUCGAGCUGAUCCUUGCACCGGAAUAUGCUCACGCUAUACGAAACGAUAAGAGAUUUGACUUUCACGCUUACAGGGUCCACACAAUGCUACCCAAUGUCGCUGGCCUGAACGUCUUUGAGAUGGAUCAAGUGGGCAAAGAGAUUAUGAGCUACAUCAUCCGUCAGAAACUAACGCAUCAACUGGUCGAUCUAAUUGGGCCUCUAUCUGAGGAAGCGAGUGAUGCCUUACAGCAGAGUUGGGCAGAUAAUACAGAAUGGCACGAAAUCAGCGUCAAGUCCACCAUCCUUGACAUGAUCUCCCAGCAAUCUGCCCGCAUCUUUCUUGGCCGCAGCUUUUCCCGCAAUCCAACCUGGCUCGUCCUGUCACGCAGCAUAACCCUUCACGCAUUCAGCGCUGUGCGCGAGCUUCGCGUGUACCCAUCACUUCUCCGUCCGCUGGUUGCGUGGUUUCUCCCCGCAUGUAAAUUGCUUCGUGCUGAGAUAGCCAAAGCCCGGACGCUCAUUGAACCCAUUAUCCUAUCACGAAGAGCGGAAAGAGAGCGAUGCAUAGCCGAGGGUCUCGAGCCACCAAUUUACCUGGAUACUAUCGCUUGGGCGGAAGAAUGUGCACGUGGACGCAAAUACGAUCCAGCCGUCAUACAGCUCACCCUGGCACUAUCGGCCAUGCAUAACACCUCGGAUUUUCUCACGCAAGUGAUAUACGAUAUAGUGGCGAGACCGGCGCUAGUAGAGGAGCUGAGGAAGGAGAUUAUUGACUUGAUGGACAGCGUCAUGAAAGAGAGUCAGCGAUUGAAGCCCACAGGGUUAGUAAACAUGCGGCGCUAUGCGACUGAGAGGAUCCGCCUCUCUUCGUCUAAUCCUGGAGACAACGACAGCAUCACAAUCAAAAAAGGAGACUUGCUAAUGAUUUCGCAACACAAUCACUGGGUCGAGGAGAUCUACCCUAAUGCGGCGCAUUUUGACCCUUACCGUUUCUACAAGAUGCGCCAGAGGCCCACACAAGAGCAUGCUGCACAUUUUGUAGCGACGAGCGUCAACCAUAUCGGAUUCGGGCAUGGGGCGCAUGGCUGUCCUGGCCGAUUCUUCGCCACCGCCGAGACUAAGCUUGCGCUUUGUCACAUUCUGAUGAAGUACGACAUCAAACUUGUGGAUCAGCCUAAGGUCUUCACUGUUGGCUCCAUUACGAGUGCAGACCCCGUUGCUAGGGUUGCUGUGAGAAGAAGGAAGCACGAGGUGUCUUUGUAA